GUCUCACUGAACUGUUUGUUUUUGUUUAGCUGUUGGCGACUGUUUAUUGCUUAAUAUUAACAAACAAUUAUUAAUCGAUUGUGACCAUGGCACAGGUGUUUAUCAAUGGAGCAAGAGACGAGACCAAUGUGCGGGAGUUCGACAGCUUGGAUCCCUCUAUCCAGGAGCUUAUCCACGCAGCCACUGAGGCCAGGAAGUUGGCUUAUUGUCCAUAUAGCAACUUUUCUGUGGGUGCUGCCCUGAGGACCAGCGAUGGCACCAUUUACUCCGGUUGCAACAUAGAAAACGGCGCUUAUGCCACCACCAUUUGUGCAGAGCGUACGGCCGCGGUUAAGGCUAUCAGCGAAGGCAAACGCGACUUUGUGGCCUGUGCGGUUGUGGCCCAACAGGACAAUGGCUUCACCACGCCUUGCGGAGUUUGUCGGCAGUUUCUUUCCGAGUUUGUCAAUGGCAAGGAUAUUCCACUGUAUGCUGCUAAGCCGAGCAAUCUGCCCCUGAGGGUGCUCUGCACCAGCGUGCUCCAACUGCUGCCCAACGGCUUCAGCUUCUUAAACGGCAAAUAGCGGGAAAGGAGACGGAUCGGGCAGCUGCAAACCAUGUGCAAUAUAUAAAUUUAGUGUUUUGUUAUUUAGCGUAGAACCCACCCCGUGGUCGUCGUUGUUAUUUGUUGUUCAAUAGCUAUCCGAGGCAAUCGCA